UCCUUCUCCUUGUCAAAAGCACAAGGAACCAGAGCCACUGCUCGUCGCGCAUCCCAUCCAGCGCCUCGCUCCCCGCUUGUGCUGUGACCGACGACCGGCACCGACCGGCGGCGGCAGAGAGAAGGGAUCGGCCGGCGGCCAUCCACGACAUGUCUCGGUACGUGGAGAUGCUGGACAUGGGCGUGCGCGUCGCCGCGAGGUUCCACUCGCACUGCCCGCAGACGGCGCGCAUGUACUACAAGCCGCCGCAGACCCAGACGACGACGUCGUCGUCGUCGUCGUCUUCCUCGGCCGACGACGCCAACAAGGCCACGAGCUUCGGCCUCGACGCGCCGUCAGUCCUGCGGCGGCCCUCCGCGCUCGCGGCGGCGGGAGAGUUCCGCGCCGGCGACCGGUCGGGCCAUCAUCAGCUUCACGAUUUCGGCUUCGACACCGCGCAAGUCGUCGUGUACGAGGUCGUGUGAGGAAUUGACAGACGGGAGUCGGGAGGAGAACAGCUUCUUGCAAAUUGCAAGUGCCGCAAGAAAUUUAUUGCGAGAUGUGUAGUGCUAGUGCUCUGUUCUUUGAUUUGUGCAUAUCUGUGUCGGAGAAUUAUUCAUUCAAGACAGAGGAACUGAGAAAACAUUCAUUCACGUUCAGCGUGCUAUUCCUUGGGAUUUGGAUGGGAUUUGAUCGAGCAUCCUAUACGAAACUGAUGCGCAGAGUUCAGUGCGAUCAUGAUGCAAUGCUAAAUGCUGGCGCGAUACCAUUUUAUUGACCAACCAACCAUGGACACGGAUUGCAACUUUGGAAGUUGGGAGGACUCAAGCUUGGGGACGAUUGUUCAACGAAGUUGGUGAACUUGCUAGUCGAUGAGGAUAGUUUAUGGAUCGUUGAGAAUACUUUAUGGAUCGUUGCGCGGCUGGAAAAUUCAGUGUUUUGGUCAGGAUGGAGAUCAUCAGCAGUAAUAUUGUUGAAUUUUACGAAUUAUUGUUACAUCAAUUAGAACAGAGUGGAAAAGGAGGAAGAUGAACUCCAA